AUAAGUCAACCAUCGAAGCAAGUCGUUCGUUAAUUGUCGCUCCGUAUCUACGUUUUGCUAUCGCCUUUUGUAUAAUGCCGGCGUCGUCUUCGGGCGGCGACGACAAUCGUCCGCACGCUCUUAACAAUUCAGUCGGUAAAAUAAAAAAAGCACCAAAUGCUUCCAGACCACACAACACGGAUCAGGAAUGGACCACCAAGACAAGUAAAAAAGCAUCUCAAUCUAAGAAGGUAUCAACUCCAACUAGCCCUAUAUCUCCCACUCUACAGCAGAUUAAAAAUAAUCCACCAGUAUUAAAUAUGCCCAACAAUACAUUCGAUUACGACAUUUCGUUAUCUCAUUCUACUAAUGACACGGCCUCUAAUAAUAUGAAUAUAGAUAUAGAUUUAUCGCAUUCUACAACCGAUCACGCUAAUGUUCCCGUUUCCGCAAAUACAACAUACACCGCUGAUAUUUCAAACACUAAUAUAAAUUACGAUUCCAACGAUAUACAGUCCUUACGUAAUUCCGAACAACUUAAUAAAUUUUUCUCCGCGGAUUAUAACGGUCCGUUCACUACCAUUGCGGAACAUUCAGAUAUCAACCUAAAAAUUGAUCACUGGCACCCGUUAAAAUAUGCAAAAAUUUUUUCCACCAAUUUCAUUGGCAUCAACAACAUCAAACCAAUUGGUCAUAAAAAAAUCAAAAUCACCUUCAAUACUAAAGUUUCAGCCAACAACUUUCUCACCUCCCCUCUACUCGCAAACAUUGGAUUUACAGCAUAUAUUCCAUCUACGCUUAUCUACUCUUUCGGAAUUAUCAGAGUCGAUAGUUCCCUAACCGAAGAAGAUUUCUGGGAAGGACUUGAUAACACAGUCCGCGCUAUUGCCUUCAAACGCAUUUCAAUCAAAAAGGAUAAUGUCCUAACGCCUACUCGUGUCGUGGAAAUAAAAUUUUUAUCCCCCAAAAUCCCAGAUGCCGUAUCAAUUUACAACGUCAUUUUCAAAAUUUCUCCUAGCGUCCGUUCUCCCAUACAGUGCAAUAACUGUUUGCGAUUUGGCCACACGGCUAAAUUCUGUCGCAGUAAAUCCAAAUGCAGCCACUGUGGCUUAAAUGACCAUUCAUUAACUACUUGCCCUUCAAUCAACGCAACAGAUCCAGUUUGCAUCUUCUGUAAACUCCCCCACCUCUCCACUGACCGGAAUUGCCAAGAGUGGUCAUUCCAAAGGGAUGUUAAGAAAAUUAUGGCUACGGAAAACUUACCCUUCCGCGAAGCAGUCUCUCUCAAGAAAAAUAAUUACUCCUCAAGUGCAUUUAGCUAUUCAAAUAUUGUUAAUAAACAGUCUGUGUUAAAUCCUUCUCAUCAAGUUCCGGAUACCUCCACUAACUCUUUCCCCCCGUUAACCUCUCAAUCACAUUACCACCAUACACCUCAUAGGAAGUAUAACAAUCAUUCUUCUCACUCUAAACAAAAACAAUUUCACGUUCCCAACCAAUCUAAUUUUUCCCUACCAAAUGGGCACUUCAUAGAUUAUGCUAGUAAAAAUCGGUCCCAGGAUCCCAAACCUCCUCAAUUUGAUCUAACCUGGGUCAAUGCCUUCUGCAUCAAACUCUCCGAAUCCUUAUCCAACUCCCCUAGCCUCUCUCCCUUAUCUCCCUCUUCCCUUCAAAACUUAAUUGAAUCAUCCCUUAUGUCUUGUCUCUCAAUUCCAAAAAUCUCCGUUAUUUCUUCUAAUGGUCAAUAUUCUACAAUGGAAUGUUCGUAGUCUUCCUGCAAGACUACCUUCUAUCCAACACCUCGUAUCUUCCUAUAAUUGUUCCAUAAUACUUAUUUCUGAGACUUGGUUACUUCCAUCCCGUAAUUGCUUUAUUCCUCAUUUUAAUUUAUUCAGACAAGAUCGAGUCGAUGGCUACGGGGGCGUCGCAAUUGCCGCCCAUACCUCACUUAAUGUAUCUUUAAUAGAAAUUAAACCCCCCUUAAAACAACUUCUCUUGGAAAAUAAUAUCGAUUUAAUUGGUCUAAAAAUAACAAAUAUUGACGGUUUACCUAAUACAUCAUUCUGGUCCUGCUACAGUCCAAAUGAUUCACCUAUCCCCUUUGAAGUAUGGUACUCUCUCUUCCAACUCACAGAUCACAACUCUUUCUUUACAGGUGACUUUAAUGCCCAUCACCCAGCCUGGGGUUCCACUACGUCCACCAGACGGGGUAACUUAAUCUACGAUGCGUUGAACUCUUCUAAUCUUAAUAUACUUAAUAACGGCUCACCUACGCAUGUAGGCAGACCCAACUCAACCAAUUCGUGUAUUGAUUUAUCCUUAUCCACUCCAAAUUUAUUCUGGCUUUCAACCUGGCGCAUUAUAGACG